GAUCGCGGAGGGGAACGAGGGAAUGGCGGACGAGAGCGAAAUGCUGUGCCCUGUCACGGUGAGCAGUAGGAAAAACUCGAAGAAUUUCAUCGCUACCGUUCACUGCAUCUCUGCUUUUCCUUCCAGGUGGCCGUUCGCGUAAGCGCCAUAUAGAUCAGGCCUGAUCCAUGGAUCUGCAACACACACACAGACGCAUACAAGAACCGCACGGUAUUUUGUUCUCCUCCUUUCCGCCUGCAGAUCCGUCCGUUCCUUCCCGACGAGGCCUCGCUGGGCGAUGACGUCGCCAGCCAGUCGUCCAUCGACACCCCCGACCCCCACACCAUCAUCGUCAAACUCGACACAAACACAUUCAUACCACAAUCCCAGCAGCAGCAACAGCAGCAGCUCCAGCAGCAGCACUCACAGGCGGCGGCUGAUGGCGAUGGCGUUGACGGUGUGGUGGCGGGGUCAUCCGCCAAUGGCAGUGAUGGCCGUUUGGAGCAGCUGACGGUGUUCACUGCGGAUGCGAUAUUGGGUGACCAGGAGUCGAUGUUUGAGGCAAUAGGGAUGCCGCUGCUGAGGAAUGCGCUCGAGGGGAUGAACGGGGCCCUCAUCGCUGUCGGGGCAAAAGGUGAGUCAGUCGGCCAAUGGGGGGAUGGGUGGAUGGAGGAGGGGGAGAUCACGCCAGGCCAGGGGAGGCAUUGGGUGUUUGUGGAUCUUCUUUCUGCCCGUGUGUUUGUACGUGUGUGUGUGUGCAGGCACGGGCAAGACGUACACUCUGCAGGGCACGGAGGGUAGGCCGAGCCUUUCCUUUUCCUCCCUCCCCUUUUGUGUGCCGACUCACUCUUCUUGUCUCGUCUCCCUCGCGUGCAGCCGAGCCAGGUCUCAUCCUCCGCAUACUCAAAGGUAAUGAACAAACAGACGGAUGGAUGGACUGGGUGGAUGGAUGGAUGGAUCGGACAAAUCACAUCUUCAGAGUUGUUUCGUUGGGCCCGCGAGGUGGAGGAGUCGCCCGUGGCUGCGGCAGCACCUGCAGAGAUGGCAUUCCGCACAGCCAAAGUGCGCGUAGCCGUGUCGUUCACGGAAAUCGCCCACAACAAAAUCAGGUUGGUCACGCACACACACACAGACAGAGAGAAUGAGGACAGGUGGGGGGACUCGUGGAGAGCGUGUGUGUGUGUGUGUGUCGUGUUGCAGGGAUUUGUUGGUUCCUCGUCUGGGCGGCAGUGCCGACCUGACACUCUACGAACACCCGGAAUGCGGCACAUUCGUACCGGCACUCACACACGUAAACCAGCCCCCCCCCCAUGUCUCGAUGACGGCACUCGCGUCCCCUCUGCACCUUCGUGUGUGUGUGUGUGUGUUUAUAGGUUGCUGUGGAUAGCGAGGAUGAGGUGUCGAGCCUGUUGUCGUAUGCGCGUCAGAAGCGCCUGGCCCACGCCGCCACCAUGAAGGACAUGGAGUGGACGGCACACACACUCUUCACCAUCAAAGUCGCACAGGUACGCCACGCCACGCCAGCAGACCCGUAGACAGACCUUCCUUGCAAUAAAUCCAUGGGAUGGAUGCGUGUGUGUGUAGGUGCUUGCUGACGGGAGUGUAGCGCGUGUGAGCCGUAUAGAGUUGUUCGACAUCGCAUCGACGGACGACUGCCGCCAGCCCGACACAUCCCCACCCACAUACACAGCAGCCGGCACCACCACAGAGGAGGGCUUCCCGCCCGGCCGGCCCAUCAACCCCUCACUCACUGAGGUCGGCACUGCACUGCAUGCCCCGCCCCCUCAGCCAGCACACAGUGUAUGUAUGCCUCUAUAUCUGUAUGUGUGUGUGUGUGUGUUGAUGCGUCCAUCGAUCAGUUGGGCAUGUUGAUUGGGCAGUUGGGGAUGCAUCAGGGGAACGGGGAUAGUGGGGAGGGGGAGUCGGGCAGGCAGAGUAGCCGUAUGGACGCAUCACGCAUUAUCGACGUCUGGGGGCCUGACUGUCAGCCACACAAACACACACACACACAGAUACACAGAUAGAGAGAGAUGGGCUUGUGUUGUGUGAUGUCUGUGUGUGUCAUUCAUGUGUGUCAGGUUUCCGUGCGUCAGGAUCCAAGCUGUGUCUGCUGUUGAAGGAUGCACUCAUGGGCAACUCCAAAACCUGCGUACGCUGCUGGCCGCUUCCUGUCCAUCUCCCAUUUCAUGCCUGCCUGCUAUAACAUGACUGUGUGCAGAUGGUGGCCACGCUGUCCCCGACUCGCCGAGCGGCCGCAGGCUCACUCAUCACCAUGAGGUCUGUCUUUCUGUCAGCCGUACGAGCGCACACGCCUCCAUCCAUCCACUGACUCGUUGGCCGCGUGUGUGUGUGCAGGUUGGCGGGCUGUGUUCGUCAGCUCAAGACGCGCCCCGUCGUCAACUUCGACCACUCUGACAGACUCAUCAAAGAAAUGAACCGGGCAAGUUGUACAUGGCCACCGCUGACAUCCUUAUGUGGUUUCCUUGUCCAUCCAUCCACCCACCCACUCAUCAGGACAUAGAGUUCCUCCGUGCCCAGCUGGAGUAUGCAGCCGAAGGCACGCACAUCGAAGACCUCAAAGUAUGCGGCAUGCACAACGCAAAAUGAUAUGUGUGUGUGUGUAUCGGGUUUGGUUUGCUUUUGCGGCAGUUGGCGUUGUCUGACCGCGAGCGGCUGAUCCAGCAGCUGCAGUGCCUCGGCAACGAACACGACAAAGAGGUGCAACGCAGAGCAGACGGCUUCGAACCAAAACAUGUGUGUGUCUGAUGCAGUUGGAGCGCACCGCGUUCCUCCACAACCAUCGCCUGCUCGCACUCCGGGACUGGGGUCUCAAGGAAGGUCUCACACACACACACACCCCCCAAACAAGGACCAUCCCUACCACUCCUUUGUGUGCGUCUUUUUGUAUGUAUGUGUGUGGGUGAGUGUAGGUUACCAGGUGCCAGCGUCGUUUGGGGGCGAGGGCGGUUUGCUAGCCAAGAGCACCCCCCGGCACAUCCCACACAUCGCCUCCGACAUACUCAAUGCACUCCCAUACCUCGAAAACAUCUCGGACGUACACACAACACAACCACAUAAAGCUUCAAAGCUCCCAUGUCAACGGUGCCGGCAUUGCCUGUUGUGGUUGUGGUUGUGGUGGUGUGUGUGUUUGUGUGUGUGUUUGUGUGUGUCACACAUGCGAUGCCAUACAGGGUGUGGGUGAGUCGAGCGGCGUGCUGCAGUACCCUUUGCUGCCGGACAUGGACUUCACUGUCGGCGCACGACUCGACAACAGACUCCCACUCAGAGCACUUGGUACUCAGCACAACAGACAGAUCACUGCGAGGUGGAUGGAUGAAUGGGCAUUCAUUGUAGCUGUGUGUGUCACUCGCUUGCACCGACAGGCAUCCCGGAGCGCUUCUGUGUGCUGACUUACGACCAGAACAACAAGCAAGUCAUCCUUCAGAAGCUCGCCAGAGGUACCUGCAGGACACACCGAGACAGAACAAUACACCAGAUGCCCACAUCAACACACACACACACACAUACACCUCCCUCUCGCUCUCCGCUCUGCAGGUGGUGCGUAUCAUUUGACGGUCAACGGUCGCGAGAUCGGUGCGGGCGAGCGCGUGACGCUCUUCAACGGCGACAGGAUCAUCCUGGGGCAGGCACGUGCGAUGCGGCUGGUCAUGCCGGGAGGGAAGGGGGGCAAAGGGCAGGGGUAUGAACCCGAUAUGGGCAUGGGGUGUGAGGAUGGAGAGGAGACGAGGCUCGUGCCCGCCGCCACUCUGCACGCAAUGGAGGUAGGUAGGUACCUAUGUGUGGAUGGAUGGAUGGACCGACAGAGAGACCAUGGUGGUACAUGGGUGCGUGUGGUGUGUGGUAUGUGAUGGGGUGUGUGCAGGUAGAAGUGUUGGAGAAUUCUCCCGAGCAGGACGCCGUGCUCGACAUGCUAGAUAGCGUCAGGGUACGCACUCACCAAAGGCACCCGCAUUGCAUUGCCGUGUGUGCCCUCCCUCCCCUUCUUCGUUCUUUCAUGGGCAUACAGGAUGUGUUGGGUUUGUCGAACAGCAUCAUUCCCUUCAUGGCCCGCCAGAUCGGCGAGGCUGACCUCCUCGUCAAAGAGGCGGUGCGUGCGUGACGAUGCAUGCAUGACACUUCCUUUUCCUUCCUGUCUCAUGUAUGUCUCUCUCGUGACAUUCCCUCCCUGCACACAGAACGAGAUACUGAGUGAGUUGCGUCCCGAGGACCACCUGCAGUUUGCCGUCGAGAUGUCGCUGCCCGUCUUCCCACACGACACAGAGGAACCCACCACCGCAAUCCCACAACUCGUAAGCCACCGAGCGGGCAAGGGAAGGAAACGAACGGCGUCCAUUACAAUGCAUUGCGUCCAUUUUUUGAUGUGUUCGCUCGCCGCAGGCCGUGCGUUUGUGGCGUCACCCGCACGUCCCCGUCGACAUCAGGGGCCUCACCUCCUCACCCACCAGACGGCUGGCCUUGCACAAGGAAGACAUGCAGUCGCAGCAAGAAGCUGACGGCCUGGAUGCCAACGCAGACACAGAGGGAGAGGGUGGCGAGGAAUGCCAAGAGCAGAAGACCAUGGCCCAGCCACAGCCACAGCCGCUGCUGCUGUGGCAGCUCGACCGGUUCAAGGACCGGCUUGACGCCAUGCGGGGCGUGUACCAGGACUUCGUGACGACUCAGAUGGAGGGAGGGGACAGCGAGUGGACACUGAAUCCCUCUAGCGAGCCGUGGCGCGACCUCACGGGCAGCGAACUUGCCAAAAUCACACUGCAGGUAUGUUUGCCGGUGAUGGGAAGAGAUGGAUCGCAACGGAUGGUGUGAUGGUGUGAUGGUUGCAGGAGAAGAUAUGCUUGUUGGAGCAGCGGGAGGCGGAGAGACAGGCCCUCGAGAUGGAGCACCUCACCAUGCCGCACCAGGCGGGCGGCCCAUCCUCAAACCUCAUGGCCCUGUGCGGAGGCGGACGCACCAUACACAUCAGCCAGGCGGUCAGGCGAGAAUUCUUUAUUUUCAAAGCUGAUUCCCCAUUCCCUCCCUUGUUUGUUUUGGUGUGCGUGCAGAUGUGCCUCCCUGACCGUGGAUCGUACGAGGACGAAGAGAACGACAGCGACUUCGCACACUACCCACACAUGACCAGACGCAACAAAUCCGACACCGCACUCGGAAGGUGAGCCAGCCAGUCACACCGCAUCGAACACCAUAUGCGCACCCCAUCCUCUUUUAUCUCUGUCUGUGUUUUAGGAGGCGGGUCCCCAAGAAGCCUGCAGUUGUCCCGAAGAUCAUUACGAUCAGCAGCGGCAGCAAUCGCCCCCACGAGACGUCCACCGCGUCCAAGUCCACAGGCCGCAGCAGCAAGACCAGGCUCAUGCAGGGGGGCCGUGCCAUGUCGUCGCGUGACACCGGGGCCGACGAGAGCGGCGGGGCGUCACCCAAACAGAGGGGGCCAUUCGCUGGGGCGACCUCCAUGGUGUCCGGCGGCCGCAAGAGCUCACCCACAGGUGGUGCUGGUGCUGGCGUUGGCGUUGGUGCUUCUGAGGUGGUGCCGAGGGGGGCGGACUCCGCCCUCCGCCUCAAUGAGGAACUGGCAAAGGUGAGGAAAGAUGCACGGCUGGGAUCCCCAUGCUGCCGAUCUUGUCUUCUUUGGCGUUGUGCAGUUGCGCGGUCAGUACGGUCGGCUGUCGAGUGAGCACUUUAGCCUCAAAGCUGCCCACAUUCAACUCAAAGUACCGUUACGACACACAGACGACACACAGAUGAUGGCGCCUGCAGUGAGAUCCAUCCAUCUCUCCACCCUGUGUCUUCGCGCAGGACGAGGCGGACAAGCUGCGCACACAGCUCAGGAAGAAGACGCCACGCACCCCAGCACCCCCGGCAAAGGAGGCCGCCGUGCUGAGUCGGCAUAGCCACCCAAGAUCACAUACAUUGCUGAUGUAUUGACGCGCGAGGGUGCGUGUGGUGUGGUGUGGUGUGGGUAAAUCAGGUGAUGUGGAGGCAUCGGCCAGGGCGCAGCUGCUGGGGAUUAUCAAGGAGGUGGAGGGGCUGCAGAACACAGAGCAGCAACUGGUGACGCGACUGCUCAGCACCACUGGUACAUACCUGUCCACCUAUGUGCAGCAGGGAGACACGCAGAAACCUGUAUGCUCACGCCUGUGUGUGUGCGUCAGAGAUGAGUGCUGGCAAGCGCCGCAUUGGGCUCUCCGCAGCAGAAGUAGAUAGACUCCGAUCAAGACUCGGUAACACACACACACACACACACACAAGAAAUCUCUCCUUGACCUCUUCUCGUAUGCUAUGUGUUGUGUCUGUUUGUCUGUCUGUCUGUCUCCAGAGACGUUGCAAGCGCUGACCAAAGAGCAGGUGGUCAACGUGCAGGCCAUGCGCGGCAUCCUCAUAAACACUCAAGAACCACCGCCCGGCAAAGACACACUGCCGCCCCAGACCAACAUCGACUCGACCCCCGCAGCCAAGGCAACCGAGGUGGCCGCGCCCGGCCGCCUGCAGUGGCCACACACGAUAACAUACCUGAGCGCGCCGGGCGGGGGUGUGGCCGGUCGGGGGUAUGGUAUGGCGCCACCAGCUGCAUCAGCGGCCAAGUGUCCACCUGCCCCUGCCCCUCCCCUGUACAAGGCCACCUACAGCUACUACCCCGCACCGACGUAUGCCAGCCCCAACCAACGAGGGGUGGGUCAACACAGAAAGGAUCAAACAGGCAGGCACGGAGGCAGGCAGCCAGAGAGGAAGGAACGAACAUGUGUCUCUCUCUCUCUCUCUAUUUCCCUCCCUCCCUCUCUGUGUCUGUAGGGUCCCAUGUCGGGUGCGUAUGGCCCGUUGUAUGCCCAGCUGCAGCGCGGCUCCAACCAGUACAUCCCCAAACCAGCAUACCCACCGCCAGUAGGAAGAGCAGCCCCCAUGGCAAAGGCACCCUCACCCACACCCAGCACCACCGGCAGCUGGCAGGACGCCGUAUCGACGGCCAUCCGGGGGAUCCCCUGGCCCGGCGCGCAACACCUCUCCUAUCAGGUCAGAGUGACCGACAGAGAGCCACGCACACAACAUUCACAUAAAGACAUCUCACCAAAGGACCUUCCUGCAGGCGCCGGUGAUGGGCAGCCGUGAGGGCCCGACGGCAGUACCCAUGACACAUCGAGAGGGCAAGAACGAGCCAGUUGGGCAGGAGGCCGCGCCACAAGUGGUCCCGAAGUCCCCGCCACUUGACAAGACGGCCAAGGCGUUCCCUGCACCAAAGAGGGGAGCUGGCGAGCAGGACAAUCUGCGGACGUUGGUGCGGUCUGCGAGUAUGGGCAUUCACGACAGAGCCAACCCGGUGAGCACAGAAAGAGGUGAAAGAGAUGCGCCUCUUUGUUGCUUUACAAAUGUGCUGUCGAUUGCUUGACGCAGCCUGGGAUCAGCCGUGUGACGUCAGUGCCGCAUUUUGGAACGUAUAUACGAUUUGAUGUUGGAGAGAGAGGAAUCGACAGCGACAUAUACCAUGCCAUGCUUGAUACAUUUAUGUGUGGUGCAGUGGUGGGGCUGUCUAUCCGGCCGGCAUGCCAUCCUACCCCUACCAGGCUGCAUCUGUAGCUACGUCGCCUAUGGUAAGUUGCCUGCCACCUGUACAAACAACCAUCCAUGGGGACUACUCCUCUCUCCCUUUUUUCUGAAGCUGGUGUCGCGCCCGCCCGUCUACCUGCCCAUCACCCCCCCGCCCCACCCAUCCCACCACCAGCAGCACCAGCACCAGCACCAGCAGCACCAGCAGCAUCAGCAGCAUCAGCAUCAGCGAUACAACAUCUAUCCGCCGCCCGCCAUGGCAUACACACCCUCGCAGAGCACCCCAGACCUACGAGGCGUCACCCGACAGACCACGGCACCCCACACACACGGCAUCACCACCACCACGCAGCAGAGGGCGCCCUCACUCGUAUCGCGUGUGGUGGCCGGUGCAGGCAAGCUGUGGACACAGACGACAGCAGGCACGUCAGAUGGGCUGGCGGACUACCAGCAGUGAGGGAGCACAGCUAGUGGGGGAUUUGGGAUGCAUUAGGAGGGGGAGGUGAAUUGAGGGGCAGAUAGGUAGCACAGACCGUGGGAUGGGGCUGGCUGCAUGGAUGGGAUGCCGUGUAGCUAGUGUCGAUCGCAUGACUCACUGACCUACAUGGAAUUGAAUGGGUAAGACCAAAUUGUGUCAAGUCUAUCUUCCGA